GGAGGCAGCUGGAGCUGGAGCUGGGCGCGUUCCCGUGCGCCCCCCGCCAAGCGCCGCGCGCCCCCGACGUGGCCAGUUGCUCGGCGCUGCGCCGCGCCCGCUGGGCGGGGCCUUUCUCGAGGAUACGCCCCUUCCCGCCCACCACCGCGCGUGGCCCCGCCCCUAACGCACUCCCAGGCGCAGCGACGCGUGCGCGGGGCAGCCAAUCAGAGCCGUGCGUGGGUUUCAAAUAGGCGGCGCGGGAACGGCACCGGGAGCGGCGCUAUGUGGGCUGCCCGGACCCCCGCCGCGGCGCGGAGGCCGCGGCGCCUCCCCCUGCAGGAGCUGCAGCUGCAACCGGGCGCUGAACACACCACCCUCACCCCGCUGUUCCGCCGCCUGCGGCUCGAGAACUGUGGCACUCCGGUGUCCUGCACCCGGGGGCGCCCCAGGAAACCCACACUGGCACCCAGGCCUCUGGAGCCCCUCAAGAGCAUCAGCCCAGAGCCCCCCAGUGCCCCGGAGCCCCCCAGCAGCCCUGUGCGGGGGCCCUGCACCCCGAAGCCCGCCAGCAGCCCUGUGCCAGCCCCAAUAUGCAGUGCAGUCCUGGGCCCCUGCACCCCAGAGCCCCCCAGCAGCCCCGUGCGGGGGCCCUGCACCCCAGAGCCCCCCAGCAGCCCCGUGCGGGGGUCCCUGCACCCCAGAGCCGCCCAGCAGCCCUGUGCCAGCCCCAAUAUGCAGUUCAGUCCUGGGCCUCACCACCCCAGACCCCCCCAGCAGCCCUGUGCAGGUGCCCUGCACUCCGGAGACCCCCAGCAGCCCCAUUCCAGGACCCUGUACUUCAGAGGCCCUGAGCAGCUCAGUCCUGGAAUCCCGCACCCCAGAGUCACCCAGCAUCCCGGAGCCCCCUGACAGCACAAUGCCAGCCCCCCUGUGCAGCCCCAUCCCAGUGUUGCAUACUUCAGAGCCCUGUGGCAGCGUGACCCCAACGCUCUGCACCCCAGGGCCCCCCAGCAUCAGCAGCUCAGUGCCUUGCACCACAAACCCUCCAGGCAGCACCAUCCAAGCACCCUGCACCCUCCAGUCCCCUGGCAGUACCAGCCUGGCCUCCUGUACCCCAGGGCCCCCCGGCACCAGCUCCACCCCACAGGAAGCCCCCUUCCACAGGUGGCAAGUGGUGCCCACCCACUUCUCCUGCAGCCCUGCGGGCACCAUGCCCCUGGCUGGGGGUGCUGGUCCCCUAUCUUGUCAAGACACCCCUGAGGGAGCAGAGUCCCCUGCCCCACCAGAACAGGACCCCCCUGAGCUCCCUCCCACCGAGGCACAGAGGUUGGAGCCUGCUGGGUCGGAGGCAACGGCCACCCCAGUCCCCUUGCCUGAGGUGGCCCCAGGUGCUGUGUCCUGGAUGUUGCCACUGGUGUGGCUGGAGAAGAGCCUCGGCACCUUGUCCCCGCUGGAUUCCCUGCGGCACAGCCUGCCUCUGCCGGUGGCCGCCACGAGCGCCGGGACGAGCGUCACGCCGGUGGCCGCCACGAGCGCCGGGACGAGCGUCACGCCGGUGGCCGCCACGAGCGCCGGGACGAGCGUCACACCGGUGGCCGCCACGAGCGCCGGGACCUUCAUGACCCCCCGGGACCUGCAGGAGAGGAGCAUGAACACAUACGUGGGUGCCCCCCCCUGCGCCAAGGACAGCGCUGCUGAAACGGACUCUCUGCUCUGGCAUUGUCCUCGGGAACAGCUGAAGUCCCUGCCACGGGCAGAGCUAGAGGUGCGGCUGGAGAGUACCCUCAUCAUCAUUGAAGCCCUCUCGCUCCAGCUGCGCCACUGCCAGGAGAGCCAGCGGCUGCUGCCUGGUGUGGGGCCGGCCGAGCAGAGGGAUGUGUUCAUGCAGACGGACAUCACCCAUGCCAAAGGGGAGGAGGAGAUCUACCGCAACCUCUACCUUGAGCUGCGGAGGAAAACGGAGGCUCUGCAGUGGCAGCGGGGAGCAGAGCAGGACCUGCGGCGGCAGCUGGAGCUGGCCCUUGAGCGGAUGGGUGACUGGAGCAGGCAGCGCCUCCUGUUUCAGGGCUUCGUUGACGCGACUUCUCAGAGCUUGCAGGAUGAGCAGGCAGCCCUCACCCAGGAGCGGGAGCAGGUGAGGGCCCUGGUGUCUCGGUGUGGAGCCGUACUGGAGAGAGUGCCCAGCAAGCUGCGGAGCUGCCUGGAGGAGCGGGAUGCCAUGAGGCAGCGAGCAGAGGAAGCUCUCCGAGCCAAGGAGGAGGGGGAUCGCUUCCUGGAGGCCUUCCGUGCCCAUGCCAGUGCCCAGAUCAGCGCCCGCAGCCAGAGCCUGGCCUCCCAGCAAGAGCUGGGCACGCUACUGGCAAAUGCCAUCCACCAGCAGGCAUCCCUGUCUGCCGAGACUCAGUCUUUCCGGGAAUUCAUAGAUGUCACCUUUGAAAAUCUGGAGGAGGAGAGGAGAGCCCUGGAUGUGGAGCGGGAGCAGGUGAGAGCCCUGGUGUCCUGGUGCCGAGCCGUGCUGGAAAGAGUGCCCAACAAGCUGCGGAGCUGCUUAGAGGAGCGGGAUGCUGUGAGGCAACAGGCAGACGAAGCUCUUCAAGCCAAGGAGGAGGCGUCCUGCCAGCUGAAGAAGACCUCAGUGGCCUUGCAGGAUGCGGUGGCUCAGCUGGAACAGCUGACUGUGGACAAAUCCUGUCUCAGUGCAGAGCUGAGCUCCCUGAUGACGAAUCUGGCCAGCGUGGAGCAGGAGCGGGAUGAGCUGCAGCAGCAGAACAGGAAGCAGUGCGAGGAGAUAACCCAGCUGGCACAGGAGAGGGAUGCCCUGCAGCAGGACUGCAAUGGCCUGCGCCAGGAGCUGCGGGAGGCCACCGAGUGCCGGGAGUUCCUUGAUCAGGAGAACUGCAUGUCCCGCACGCAGCUGCUGGAGGUGGAGGCCAAGCUGAAGUCCACGCUGGCCACCCUGCAGGAGCGCACCCUGCAGUACGAGGAGCUGAUGAAUUCCCACGAGUGCCUGUGUGAAGAGCAGGCUGCCCUCUGCAAGGAGCUGGAGAGCACCAAGGCCAAGCUCCUUGACUUGCAGCACAAGAGGGACAAAGUCUCCUGGUGUUUCACGGACAUUGCCAAGAGCAAGAUGCGGCUGCAGGAGCUUGCAGACAGCCUCAGGGCUGCUCUGCAAGAGGAGGAUGACGAUGCCCCAUCGAGAAGCAGAGCCUGGUCCGUGGCCCUGCAGGCACAGAGCUGGCAGACCCCCCGCUGUGCCUGGACCCCUGCCCGCUGCACCCCGGCCCGUGCCAGGACCUCCUUCGUGGGCAGUGCUCUGAAAGCGCUGUCGGCAAAAGAUGCUGACGAAACCACCGGAGGUGGAGGUGCCUUUACUAAGGACAAACCUUCCUUGACAGCAAAGCCACCAGAGCCCGAGACCAGUCUCUUGGAAAGCAUGAAGGAGCUGAGAGCCGUGGUCUCUGACGUUGCCACGCUGAGCUUCCGCGUCCAGGAGCAGGAGCAGAGCAAGUUCAAGGCGCUGCAGACAGAGAUCUCUGACCUGCAGCUCCGUCUGGCUACCGUGACAUCGGAGAGUAAGGAGAAGAUGGACACCCAGGCUGCCACCAUCGCUAAGCUGAACAAGGCGCUGAGGGGCAAGAUAGAGAGUGAGAAGGAGCUGCAGGACGUCGUGAAACAGCAGGAAGAGAAGAUGCUGCAACUCCUCGACCAGAGAGGGGAAGUCAUGCAGCUGAAGGAAGAGAGAUCUCAGCUGAGUCGCGCGCUCCAGCGCGCUGAGACGGAGGUCAAGGUGCUGUGGGAGGAGGUGCGAGGGCAGGAGCCCAAGGUGGACACUGCCCAUGUCCAGGAGAGAGUCCUGCUGCAGCAGCAGUUGGACAAACUGCGGCUGCUGCUCCUGGAGAAAGAGAAUGAGAAUAUGCUACGCUCUGACAAGUACCUGGGGCAGAUCAGGGGGCUGGAGCUGAGGCUCCAACACGUCCAGAAAAUGCUGAGGACCCACGAGGAGAUGCAGGAGAAGAUGAAAGAGGUCCUCUCAGCCGUCCCCGACAUGGCAGCGAACUGCCAGGAGCUCCACUGCCUGCUGCUGUACUUGGGCCUGGAGCCAGGCACUAGCAGCAAGGAAGCAGCCGAGCCACUGUAGCCUGAAACCUGCCUUUCUUUAAUGUUGCAAUUAUUGACUAAAUAAAGUUGUGUUGGCUUUCA